UUGAUUUGUUUUAAUUAUUUAGUGCACUUAAGCGUUUGAAUUUGAUUAAAUAUUUAGUUUUGUAUUUAUUGUUCACAUUUAUUGCCGUUACCUACUUUAUUUUUUCUCACUCAUCUCCCUGUGUAAACACAAUCUGUUUAAAUAAAGUUUUAAAUAUUUUUUCUGCUACCCCUUAGAAUUGUGGGAUUGCAAUGGCUGCUCCCGUGUCUGUAAACAUACGCAUUGUAGUUACGAAAGCCGCAGUUUAAGUAUUUUCCAGCGACAGCCACAGGUUCCUCAUUUUCGGGACUAUUUACGCGUCCAUUAGUUGACCUCAAAUGUUUAACUUGAUAUGAGAAUUUCUGCAUUUUAGACCCAAAGAAACACGCGGCACUUCUCCGCGAUUUGCCGCCCGGCCUAGUCAGGACUCAACCUGAUAUCUCGCACGCUAGCUAAAGCUAGCUGCUCUAUCUAAGGUACGUUUGAGAUAAUGGAUGACGAUGUGUCCAUACAUAGGCUGGAAGGGACAGAUCCAGCUGCUCAAGUUGGUGGACUGAUAGUAAAGAAGAAAAGUGCUGCUGCAGAGCCCCAUGUUUUUCGGGCACCCACUCCACGCACCUCCUUGCUGGGCUUGGAUCUGCUGGCAGCUCAGAAAAGGAAGGAGCGUGAGAGUAAGGAACAGGCAGAUGCUAGUGGGGAUGACACAAAUAGAAAGAAGUCAAAAGUUUCCUCCUAUAAGGACUGGGAGGAAGGUAAAAGUGACUCUGGGUCUGAUGAAGAAGAUGAUGAGGAGAACAGAGGUGGUAAGAAGGAGAGCAGGAAGUAUCGUGUGACUGGCGCAGAGACACCCUCAAACCCCGGAGGGGUCAGUGAAGAGUUCCGACGCAGACACCAGCAGAGAGAAAAAGACAGACGUGAGCAUGGAGUCUACGCCUCCUCCAAAGAGGACCACAACAGAGAAAGAGACAAAGAAAGGAGCAGAGAUAAGGGCAGAGACCGAAGGAGUGACAAAGAUGAGCGAGAGAGCAGCCAUAGCCGUGGCAGCCGGUCGGAGCGUGGUGAGAGGAGCGAGCGCUCUCAGAGAGAUGGCUGGUCUGAUCGCAUCAGCCGGGGGAGUAAGAGAGAUGAGCCCCUGACACCACAGCAUCGCCCCAGAGAUUCUUUCACACCCUCACGCUCCAACUGGGAAGAGGAUGAUAGUGGUUAUGCCAGUUCACGGCAUUCCCAGUGGGAGUCUCCGUCCCCUACCCCGUCUAACAGAGAGUUGGACCGCUCAGAGCGAAGCCAUCGCUCCAGCCGAGAUAGUGAGAGGAGAGACAGGUCAGUCAGAGGCCGUUACCCUGACGACACACCCCUGCCUACCCCAUCAUACAAGUACAAUGAGUGGGCCAAUGACAGAAAGCAUCUGGGUUCCACACCUCGUUUAUCACAAGGAAAAGGUAGGAAAGAAGAUGGUGAGGGAGGUAUUAUGUUUGAUAAUGAGGACGAGAAAGACCAGUGGCAGGAGGACCAGAAACAAGCAGACAGAGAUUGGUACAUGAUGGAUGAAGGCUAUGAUGAGUUCCACAACCCUUUCACUUCUACCUCUGAAGAAUAUGUAAAGAAGAGAGAGCAGAUCCUUCAGAAGCAGACUCAAAAAAGAAUAUCUGCCCAGAAACGACAGAUCAAUGAGGAUAAUGAGCGGUGGGAGACCAACCGUAUGCUGACCAGUGGUGUGGUCCAGAGGUUGGAGGUAGAUGAAGACUUUGAGGAGGACAAUGCUGCUAAGGUUCACCUGCUGGUUCACAACCUGGUUCCUCCCUUUCUGGAUGGAAGAAUAGUCUUCACUAAGCAGCCAGAGCCUGUCAUCCCUGUAAAAGAUGCUACCUCUGACAUGGCCAUCAUCUCUCGUAAAGGCAGCCAGCUUGUCCGCAAACAUCGUGAGCAGAAAGAACGCAAGAAGGCACAGCACAAACACUGGGAAUUGGCAGGCACCAAGUUGGGGGAUAUCAUGGGGAUCAAGAAGAAGGAGGAUGAAGACAUCUCUGGGGGCAAAGUGGUAGGCGAGGACGGCAAAGUAGACUACAGAACAGAGCAGAAAUUUGCAGACCACAUGAAAGAAAAGAAUGAGGCCAACAGUGAGUUUGCUAAGAAGAAAACCCUUCUGGAACAGAGACAGUACCUGCCUAUUUUUGCUGUCAGGCAGCAACUUCUUAACAUCAUAAGGGACAACAGCAUUGUGAUUGUUGUUGGGGAGACGGGCAGUGGGAAGACCACCCAGCUGACUCAGUACCUGCAUGAGGAUGGCUACACUAGCUAUGGCAUGGUGGGCUGUACUCAGCCCCGAAGAGUGGCAGCCAUGAGUGUGGCCAAGCGAGUCAGUGAAGAGAUUGGCACCAACCUUGGAGAAGAGGUGGGCUACGCAAUCCGUUUUGAGGACUGCACGUCUGAGAAAACAUUGAUAAAGUACAUGACAGACGGUAUCCUCCUCAGGGAGUCACUGAGGGAGUCAGACUUGGACCACUACAGUGCUGUUAUCAUGGACGAGGCUCACGAACGCUCCCUAAAUACUGAUGUGCUGUUCGGCCUGUUACGUGAGGUUGUAUCUCGACGCACUGAUUUGAAACUCAUAGUUACCUCUGCAACUAUGGACUCAGACAAGUUUGCAGCAUUUUUUGGCAACGUUCCCAUAUUCCACAUUCCAGGAAGAACAUUUCCCGUAGACAUCUUGUUUAGCAAGACUCCUCAGGAGGACUACGUGGAGGCAGCAGUAAAGCAGGCCCUGCAGAUCCACCUCAGUGGGUUGAUAGGAGACAUCCUCAUCUUUAUGCCCGGGCAGGAGGAUAUUGAGGUGACGUCAGAUCAGAUCGUGGAGCGGUUGGAGGACUUGGAGAACGCUCCUCCUUUAGCUGUGCUGCCCAUCUACUCCCAGCUGCCCUCUGACCUCCAGGCCAAGAUCUUCCAGAAAGCUCCAGAUGGUGUGAGGAAAUGCAUAGUUGCUACUAACAUCGCUGAGACCUCCCUUACUGUGGAUGGAAUCAUGUUUGUUGUGGAUGCGGGAUACUGCAAACUUAAGGUUUUCAAUCCUCGCAUUGGAAUGGAUGCUCUACAGGUUUAUCCCAUCAGCCAGGCUAAUGCCAACCAGCGUUCUGGCAGAGCAGGACGUACAGGACCAGGGCAGUGUUACAGGCUCUACACUCAGAGUGCCUUUAAGAAUGAGAUGCUGACUACCACCAUACCAGAGAUCCAGAGGACCAACCUGGCCAACGUAGUCCUGCUGUUGAAGUCUCUGGGUGUUCAGGAUUUGCUCCUCUUCCACUUCAUGGAUCCACCACCUGAGGACAACAUGCUCAACUCCAUGUACCAGCUCUGGAUCUUGGGAGCUCUGGACAACACAGGUGCUUUGACACCGACAGGGCGUCUGAUGGUGGAGUUUCCCCUCGACCCCGCCCUCUCCAAGAUGCUGAUUGUGUCCUGCGAUAUGGGCUGCAGUGCUGACAUCCUUAUCGUCGUCUCCAUGCUGUCUGUGCCGGCCAUCUUCUACAGACCUAAGGGUCGUGAGGAGGAGAGUGACCAGGUGAGAGAGAAGUUCUCAGUCCCAGAGAGCGACCACCUCACCUACCUUAACGUCUACAUGCAGUGGAAGAACAAUAAUUACUCCAGCAUCUGGUGCAACGAGCACUUCAUCCACACCAAGGCCAUGCGCAAGGUGCGUGAGGUGCGCUCCCAGUUAAAGGACAUCAUGGUACAGCAGAGGAUGAACCUUAUUUCCUGUGGGUCAGACUGGGACAUCAUCAGAAAGUGCAUCUGUGCUGCCUACUUCCACCAGGCUGCCAAGCUCAAGGGCAUUGGUGAAUAUGUGAACGUGAGGACAGGCAUGCCAUGUCACCUCCAUCCUACCAGCUCCCUGUUUGGUAUGGGCUACACUCCUGACUACAUCAUCUACCACGAGCUCGUCAUGACCACCAAGGAGUACAUGCAGUGUGUGACUGCAGUGGACGGAGAGUGGCUGGCAGAACUUGGGCCCAUGUUUUAUAGCAUCAAACAUGCGGGUAAAAGCAGACAGGAGAACCGUCGCCGGGCCAAGGAGGAGAUCAGCAACAUGGAGGAGGAGAUGUCCCUGGCCGAGGAGCAGCUGCGAGCGCGUCGAGAGGAGCAGGAGAAGAAGAGCAACACUGGCAGUGUUAAGGUUGUGAAAAUCUGCACACCAGGAAGAAAAGAAGAGGCCCCCAUGACACCCAGACGCACCCCUGCCCGCUUUGGACUGUAGAACACCCCCUGAAGGUUAAAGCCCGCCAACCAACCAUGUUGGAUCCUCUAGACUCAUAAUCCAGACCUGGACCACACCAGCACAAGCAAACACAGUGUAACUUCCAGCUGCCAUUAGUCCCUCACAGCAUGGCAGUAAUCAACUGCAGUUCAUGUACAGACCACUAGAGUGAGAACUUGUAUAAGGCACAAGACUCAAAGACUAACCAGGUCCAUCAAAAUGCCUCCCUCCACCUUUAUCAGCCGAUAGCUGUUUCCAUCAUACAUUUUAAGGAAUAAAGGAUGACUGUGUUGUUGUUUUUUUGUAUAUUCAGUAUUUAUAUGUAGUCAUUGCUGAAAAGUAGUUUUACAGAUGUCUAAUGAUUUUACCUGAGCUAGAAACUUUUAAUUUUCUAUGUUCUGUUGCAUUUUCUCCACCCUGAGUGUAUUAUCAGAGUGAAACUGAUAAAUAGUGAUCUAAUUGCAAUGUUACUUGUCUUUGUGUCCUUGCAUUUAUUAGUUCUUGUACUGUUGUGGCUUGAACAGUGGGUAUGCCACCACGAAGUGCUCCUCUACAGACUGAAGCACUAACUGUAUUUGUGGGAUGAGAGUCUUCAGAGAGUUGUAUUGCACUGUCAGAAUGUAACAAACUACAUUUACUCUAGUACUGUACUUGAGGGUACUUGUACUUUAAUCUCAUGCUACUUUCUGCUUCUACUCCACUACAAUUCAGAGGGAUUAUUUUCAUAAUUCUAAUUUAUUUUUAAUAAUUUUAACUUUUGGUCUAUUGGUUGGACAAAACAAGCCAGUAAAGCCACCUUGUAAAGGUGUCACUUUGGGCUUUGGGUCAUUGUGACAGAAUUUCUCCCUAUUUUCUGAAUUUUUACAAACCGAACAAUCAAAUGAUUAGAAAAUAAUCAGCAGAUUAAUCCAUAAUGAAAACAAUUAUUAGAUUAUUAGUUGCAGUCUUACACAAAAUAGUUCAAAUGAGCUCCACCUAAACCAACCAUAACAGUAAAAUCCCGCUUGAACAUUAAUGCAUGAGUGAUAAUAAUCUAAUGAUAUCUAAUAGUCUAACAGCCACAGGGGCAUUUUCUGCAUUGAGUACUUUUAAUACUUUAAGUACAUUCUCCUGAUAAUACUUACAUACUUAUACUUAACUAACAUUUUCAAUGCAAUACUUUUACUUGUAAUGGAGUAUUUUUACAGUGUGGUUUUAGUACUUUUACUUAAGUAAAGGAUCUGAAUACUUCCUCCACCACUUGUAAUACCCCAUAAUACACACACACGCACAACACACUCACACAGGCUUAGGCAAUUGACCUUUUUCUACUUUCUGUUAACCUCGUUCCAACAAUGUAAUGUACCACAGCUUUGCUUUAUAUGAAACAUUAUCACGCUGGAUUAAACAUAUCAACUGUU